AUGACUGAGGCACCUGUCAUGCGUCUCCCUGAUUUUACCAAGCCUUUUGAAGUGGAAUGUGAUGCCUCUGAUAUUGGUAUAAGGGGAGUACUUAGUCAAAAGCAUCACCCAAUUGCUUAUUUCAGUGAGAAGUUGAAUGGCGCUAAGCAAAAGCACGGUAGUUGGGUUGAAUUUAUGCAACGCUACCACUUUGUAGUGAAGCAUAGGGCAGGAGUUGAGAAUAAGGCUACUGAUGCACUAAGUCGAAGGGUGUCUUUGCUAUCCAUCAUGAGUGUUAAGGUUACUGGGUUUGAACGACUCAAGGAUGAUUAUGAGUCAUGCCCAGAUUUUGGGGAGCUCUACACUAGCCUAAGUAAUGCCCCAUGGCCAAUCCUAGAUGAUUAUACCCUUCAAGAUGGUUACUUGUUCAAGGCUAACAAGUUAUGUAUCCCUCGGUCUUCAGUGAGAGAUUUCCUAGUUUGGGAGAUACAUGCGGGAGGCCUUGCAGGUAAUUUUGGCCGAGACAAGACAAUUGAGGAAGUGGAAUGUCAAUUCUAUUGGCCUGGUCUUAAGAGAGGCAUUGCCAAGAUAGUUGGUUAG